AUGGCAGCAGUUGGGAAUGUAGCUCGCCAGCUACGGGACCGGACGCUUCGCGAAAGGUCUAUACGUGUGCUCGUUUCCCCUACGCCAAUCACUUUCGCCGAACGUCGCUCAGUUCUGCAGGUGUUGGAGCAAUAUGGACCGGUUGAAUUUUUCAAGAUGCUUCCCACUCAUUAUUCUCAAUAUGUAUCGAUAACGAAGGAGUCUACGACUGCGGAGAGGUUAGUAGCCAGCAGCCCUCUUACAUACAAGAUUACGGAGCCUACCCGCAAGGCUGCGGAGGACAUUUACGUUGCGGAUUUGGACGAACCCGAAGGCUUCAAUACCCUCCAGCCGACAGUGACUGGGGAGCGGACCAAUAAUGCGAGCUCAGGACUAAACGGAGAUCCAAAGCAAGGGCAGACAGAGUUCAAGAUACACAUCUUCCCUGCGCCAGAGCACAAUCAUAGAUUUGCCAUGGCUGGAUCACCCCUGCACAUCCCCUGGCCCGAUGCGUACGAACAGGAACAGUCAUUCAUUGCAACAACACUAAAGCAGUCGCUGCCCAAAAGUAUAGCCAGCACAGGGCUUGUGCAUUGGCUCGUGAGUGAAGGGAGUGCGGUGCGCAUGGAGCGCAAAGUGAAAAGAAAGCGGAUUAGGGAAUGGCUCCCUAGCAAAAUGAAGAAAGGCACGACUGAGUAA